UAGGUUAGUUUUACACACUACCAAGCAGUACCUGAGGCUUGAAAAUAUGGUUAUAUUCCGCGCAUUCUUCGUCUGUCUGUGUUUGACGUCAUAUUUGGGGCCGUCAAUAGGGGAACUUUCCCCUGCGUUUUCUGAUCUUAACAUUGGUACCCAGAACAUCUGUGGAGAAACUGUGCCUCCCCAGUACGCCAGCGACAUAGACCCCGUGCAUGACGUCACUAUCCCGCCAUCCUUCAGGCGUGAUGCCCAUCGUUUGGAGAGGAAGGCACUCCAGCUGAAGCGAAGUGUUUCAGAUUUGCUCCGUCUUUACGAGUCGGACCGGUUGUUGAGAUCAGUUGACGUCGAUAGAAUACAAUACUUUCCGCCAUGUUUCCAGCUCAUCAACAGAACCAGCUAUGUGUUGACGUCGGAUUUGUCUCCCUUGACGAUUUAUCAGUCCCUACGGCAUGACUUGGAGACUAUGACGGAUUUCCUUGGUAUGUUGGAACUGAUGACGGAGGACGAAGAAACUUUCGAAAAUUCCGAGUUCAUUCAGAGCUUCCGUCAAAUUAAAAUCAACACUAAAAGUCUCCUUUGUCAACUUUCCUUUUCCCUUUCCGGUCUGGAGAGUUCAGUUCCCGCCACAGUGGUUACGAUUCGUCUCGAAAACUGGUGUGUUGCUGAGGGAGCAGACGACUGUUGGCGCUGUAACCGAGACUCCAUGAUACUGAGUAUGCUUGAUAAGCUUUGUUUUACACUUAGGGAGAAAUACAGGCACAUCAGGAGAAACAUGUAGCAUAAUGAACUGCUGCGAUUAAGGGACUUAAGUUGGCAGAGUAUAAUGAUGUAUGAUAGCUGAUGUUAUUGCGAGUUAUUUGGUGAAGCUUUGCGAUGUACAUGUCUAUGAAUUUUUAUUUUAUUGUAAAUAAAUAUGUCA